AUGAAGAAGAGGGGUUUUUCUGACUUACCACGAGAUGUCCAAGAUGCGAUCUGGGAGCUCGUCUUACGCGACAUACGAAUCCGUCAUCAUCCAAAAAAGCCCCUGGAUUUAGGCAGAACUUUGGCAAUCGCGGCUGUGAAUCAAUCGGCUCGGAUAUGUGUAUUCCGCGUGGGAAUUCACCGACUGAUAAACCGCGGACUUUGCGCCCGUAGUGACACGCAUUGGGGUAUCUUCCUUCCAGAUCUAGAUAAGCAUACGCUUACAGUCUCGGCCGACGCUUUCUAUCAAUAUCCUGGGAUCAUAGAACCAAAGCGACAAUCCCAGGGUUCCGAGCAGGGAAGUCAUACUGUUGCCAUUCUAAGGAACGCUAGACGUUUAAUCAUCUACGACGAGCGCAGUGAGAUCUUGUGUCAAAGCAUCUCUGACCAUCUCGCGGAGGGCAGCAGUGGGCUCUUGAAGGCCAAGGAUGCGCUGCCUCGUCGGCUUCGCAGCCCCAUCGACUUCAUCACGAAUGAGCUUGGGGAUUUGUCUGGAGACUUUGCAAGGUUAGAAAGCGUAACAUAUGUCGGAAAACAGGCAGAUUGGUCGUGGUGGAUGGGUGAUGAAUACCGUGUUCAUGGGCCUGAAGUUGUGAGUCGGCCGCCUAGCCAGCCUCAUGGUACUAAGUCACACGGCGAAUAUGAGAACAUGGUUGGAUAUUUCGAGGAACGGGGUAUUUCCGACGAUACAGGGAUCGAAUGGGGAGAUUUUUCCGGAUUCACGAUAGAUCCUCGCGAGCAAUGGGAUUUCAGGCGUUGUUGGAAGGACAUCCCUAAGAAAUGGCGUGUUAACCCAAAGAUUGGCCUUCGUGGAUUCUCUUACAACAGCAGCUCAUGCGGUGGGGUGUGGGCGGGUUUCAGACUCUAUCUCGGAGAGUCUCCUCGAUUGGAGUUUUCGCCCCUGCAUUGGGAAGACGUCAAACAGUACAUGUACUCAUUUCAGACGACCUCAAGCGGCAACCCUUUACCAGCUAUCGCUCAUGGGCCGAAUUCGAUGCCACUUCGGUCAUCUCCGCAUCAUUGUUGGGAACCAGUAGACGGCGCUUUUGACAGCAUCGGCGACACUCAGGGGGUUGACUGGCGUGCCCCGGUUGACUUCAGUAUCCCCCACCCCUCAUGGGAUCCUGAAGAAUACAUGAAUCCUGAAUUCGACGGGGCCCUGUCUUCAGAGCAGCAGAAAGAGCUUAGAUACUUCAACAGACACAGGAUUCUUACACUAUUCAACUUAGUGGUACUGCAGAAACUCUAUAAUCUUGGGUUGCCUGAUUUUUCUUUGUACGAAGAGGAAUGA